UCGCAUGUGACGUAAUCAUUUGGAGCCGGAAGAGGAGAAAUUGUAGUUGUAAGAACCCCUGACAUGACAAAUCAUAUUGCAGAGUGAUUGAAGACAUUAUUGGCCUUCAAAGCGAGCCGGUCUGAUCCUGUUUCUCUCUGUAAACUAAAGGAGGUUCCACAACAUCAGCAGCAAUGCAUGGGCGUGUGAAGGUUAAAACCACGGCGCAGCAGGAGGAGGAGAAGAGGAAGGAGCGUGAGAAGAAGCUGCAGAUCUAUGUUGCUGCUCGUGACGCCUGCUUCACCAAGAGGAAGGAUGGCGUUUUUGAUGACGAGGCUCUGCAGCUGACCCAGCAGCUCCUUUCUUCAAACCCUGACUUUGCAACCCUCUGGAACUACCGCCGUGAAAUCCUGCUGCACCUGGAAACUGUCAGAAACCAGGACGAGGUGCAGAAGAUUUACGAGGCUGAGUUGUCGUUUCUGGAGUCCUGCCUGAAAGUGAACCCAAAGUCUUAUGGCAGCUGGCACCACCGCGGCUGGGUCUCAGCCCGCCUGCCUCGCCCGGACUGGGCCAGAGAGCUGAGCCUCUGCGAUCGCUGCUUAAGCCUUGACGACCGCAACUUCCACUGCUGGGAUUACCGGCGGAUGGUCGUGAAGAUGUCCGGCGUUCCCGUGAAGCAGGAGUUAGAUUUCACCGAUCGCCUCAUCGGCUCCAACUUUUCCAACUACUCCAGCUGGCACUACCGCAGCACCCUGCUCCCACUGCUCCACCCGCAGGCCCCAGACACACCCUCCCAGUGUGGUAACCCUCCCCCCUCCGCCUCCCCCCAGACUCACUUCCACCGGGUGUGUGAAGAGCAGCUGCUUAAAGAAUAUGAGCUGGUUCAGAACGCUUUCUUCACCGACCCGAAUGACCAGAGUGCUUGGUUCUAUUACCGCUGGCUCUUAGGCAGAGCGGAGCGAGAUGAGAUGAUAAGCUGCGUGUACGUGAGUCGGGAGGAGGAGAGAGUCGCCGUGGCCUUCUCCAGGCCCGUCAAUGCGCAGUCGGUGGGGCUCCUGCUGAUCCUGGAUGGUCAGCCUCAGAGGGUGGAGUGGCAGAGCGUCCAUCCACACUUCAAAAACAGCCCCGUCUGGAUCUGCAGCCUGCCUCCAGGAACAAUCAGUGACGUCGCCAACGAACACAACCUGACGGUGCACUGGACGGAGAAGCACAGCCACAGGGACUGCGCCCUGUACACAGGUCGGAGUGAGAGCUGGUGUCGGGACACAGCUACAGACCUCGAACUGUUCAGGAGUGAACUCUCCGUAGAGAAGACCUCGGUGUUGCAGUCGGAGCUGCAAUCCGUCAGGCAGCUACAAGAACUGGAGCCUCUUAAUAAAUGGUGCUUGUUAACCAUUAUCCUCCUGAUGAGGGCACUAGACCCUCUCGGCUACGAGAAGGAGACCCUUGCUCAUUUCCAGACACUCAAAGACGUGGACUCCAUGCGCUCGGCGUAUUACAGUGACCUGUGCAGCAAGUUCAUGAUUGAAAACACCAUCCUGAAAAUGGAGUAUGCCGAAGUGCGAGUCUUCAGUAUUUCUGACAGGAAGCUGACCACAUUAUGCCACCUGGACCAGCUGUUAUUAGUUACUCACAUCAAUUUGUCGUCCAAUCAGCUGCAGCAGCUGCCUCCUCAGUUUGCUAUGUUGCAGUGCCUUGAGGUGAGGAUCGGGACUCUUUUCUUUCUGUUAUUUUUCAUUAACCUGAACUCAGAGAUCUCCACGCUGGCCGAUCUUCAGCCUCUGGCAUCCUGCCCCAAGCUGAAGCGCCUUGAUCUCCGUGGAAACCCCAUCACUCAGACGACCAACGCCGAGGCGGAGCUGGCCGGGCUGCUGCCCUCCGUCACGGACCUCCUGCUCUGA